AUGAACAACAACAACGACGACAGAAAAGAAGAAGAACAAAAAGAAGACAAAGCACCGUUCGACGAGGAUUACGAACACUUACUGUUACGAAGAGAACAAAGAGGCGACGGAGCGGCAUCGUCCAGCGACGAAGACGAGAAACAGAAGAGAAACGACGACGGCGACAUUAGUAGCGACGAAGAGAGGAGUUCCGAGGAUGACGACGACGACGAGGAUACGGAGGAAGACGACAACGUAAACGACGCGUUACGACGGAAGAAGAAGGUAUCGAAAGUGAGACGACGGAAAGAUAAGGAGAACAACGUGUCGUUGACCUCGACGCCGACGCCGAGAAGACGAGGCGCAGAGGAUACUACUACUACUACUACUACUAACAACAAUAGUAAUAACGAGAAGAAGAUAAUAUCAAACAACACAAACAAGAACGACCUAGAAGAAGAAGAACAAGACGAAGGAGAUGACCCGUACGAGUUGACAAAGUUUGUAGUCUGUGGAAAUCUGUUCGAAGUGAAGAAGAAAUACGUCCCGAUUAAACCUAUAGGCAAAGGCGCGUACGGCAUCGUCUGUUCGGCGAAGGACGAAAAGCAAAACACAAAGGUGGCGAUUAAGAAAAUAACGAACGCGUUUGAGAACGUGGUGGACGCGAAACGAACGCUGAGAGAGAUUAAACUUUUAAGGCAUUUGAGGCACGAAAACGUCGUUCCCAUUACUGAUUGCAUGCUUCCCUCGAAAGAAGAGGAGUAUAAUUUCAACGACGUGUACGUCAUGUACGAGUUGAUGGAUACGGAUUUACAUCAAAUCAUUCGCUCGGACCAACCGUUAACGGACGACCACUGCCAAUACUUCAUUUACCAGUUAUUAAGAGGAUUGAAGUAUAUUCACAGCGCGGACGUCUUACACAGAGAUUUGAAACCGUCUAACUUGUUGCUAAACGCCAACUGCGACUUGAAAAUUUGCGAUUUUGGUUUAGCGCGAACAAACACGCAAGAUAAAAACCGAGAUUUCAUGACAGAAUACGUCGUAACGAGAUGGUAUCGCGCGCCUGAAUUGUUGUUAUCGUGCGCAGAAUAUACCGUCGCCAUUGAUGUGUGGUCUUGCGGGUGCAUUUUAGCUGAAUUACUGGGUAGAAAACCGUUAUUUCCGGGGAAAGAUUACGUCCAUCAGUUGAAUCUGAUUACCAAAGUCAUCGGCACCCCGGACGAGCAGGAUUUAUAUUUCGUGACUUCGGAUAAAGCCAGACGAUAUUUACGUCAACUUCCAUAUUCUAAACCGAUGGAUUUUAAACGAUUAUACCCGGAAGCGAACCCGUUAGCGUGCGAUUUAAUUGAAAAGAUGCUCAUCUUCAACCCGGAAAAGCGCAUCAACGUCGAGGAGUGUUUAAAGCACCCGUAUUUGGCGUCGUUACACGACACGAACGACGAACCAGUAGCGAACGCGCCGUUCACGUUCGCGUUCGAGCAACACAACGGAGGCGAAAUGUCCGAGGAGACGGUGAGAAGACUCAUCUUUCAAGAGUUGAAACAACUCGACGAGGAGAUUAACUUUCCUCUGCUGCGCAAUACGCACGCCGACGCUUUAGAGGAAAGAUUGCAAACCAUGAGAGUUUAA